GACAGCUGAAGCACCUGAAAGCCUCGCGUCGCUUUGUAAGAGCGAAUAGCCAACUUCGCAGCAUGUAUCUGCAACCCUACAUUGUGUUAACCAGGGACACACCAACGCGGAGAGCUUCCGGCGUGCAUGAAUCGUAGGACCAUACCAAUCAAACACGGCAUCGUCGCUCGACUAUAGCUGUCCGACCUCACGUCGCCAAGUUCGUCGAAUGUGCUACCCGGGAGGCUCUGCAAAGACCCUGAACCCCCAUCACCAUGACGUCCGCCUGCCACAACAUGCACGUCGCUUGGCAGUCACACCACCAUCACCGACUCUCCCAACAGGGUCAAGUCACGCCUCAUUGUGCGGGAGCCCGUUCUAUUAGACAAGGGUUCGGACUCGGUUCCGGUGUUGUGGUGCCGUGUUUGAACGCAGGCUCCCAGCCCCACUCGUACGACCAUGGACGAAAAUCACGCAGCGGACUGGAAAGCGUAUAUCGACUGCUUCAUCCUGAUGUAUCGCAACACGGGCAGCGUGCUUGCAGAAGGAGGGUCCAAGACCUAAUGCACGAGUCAUGCCGUGUAGAGACAUACCAACGCCUCACCGCUACUUCAGCAAGGCCAGAUUAUUGCACACUUGAAACCCAGCUCUUGCGCACCGCAUGCCGAGCGAAACGGAACUGCCGUACCCUUGGUGACCGCCACAGUCGCUUCUCGAGGAGCAUGGUAGCGCGCUACGGAGGCCCACUUAACGAUAAUGACCCCGGAUCCUUGAACGUUCAAGGUUCCCGUCCGUGCCUGUUGCAGCCUGCUCAAACGGCUAGAUCUACUUCCCGGCGCCAUGCUUACACCAAGCAUCUCAAUCCUCGUCUCUCACGCCGUGCUAAUGGACCAGGACUGUAUGCAAAUCUUAUUGUAUUGGCCAGUCUGCCUGGACGGGAAUGUUGAGAUGCGACUGUUGCCGCGGGUUUGCUGCUGGGCGGUUGUUGUCUGCAUCCUGCCAUGCAGUCAGUAGCGGGCCGGCCCUUGGUGCCAUAUUACCGGUCAAGGCCGGAGGCGUAUAGCUCGCAUGAUCGCGAUGCCCUG